AUGUCCGGGAAGCGUACUGCCGAAGCUUCUGAUCGCUACAUCUCGCCCGAAAGCAAAAAGCCGCGUUUCGACUACCGCAAUCCUUCUACCCUCGCACCAGAUGCCCCCGAAGAAGAUGCCAUCCUGGAGCUGGAUGAAAUUGGCAAGACUGGUAUGCAGACCAAGCGUAAUGCCGUGAAGCUCGAUGGCUAUGAGAGCGACAGCAGCGACGACAACUUCGAAGCAAGAGCAGACGAAAAGGCCGAACUCGCAAAACAAGAAGGCAGAUCGGCUGGCGCAGGAGGCGCAAACAAUGCUGGAUGGAACGCACGUGAAAAGGAUACUGGGAAGUCAAAAGACGAGGAUGAGAUGGACAUGUUUGCAGACGUCGACCAAGGCACUGGAGGUGUAGGAGGAACAGCCGACGGAGAUGACGAUGAGGAUUUGCAAGCAACAGGCAAGAAGCCGAAGAAAGAUGUCCGCUUCAUGGACAUCGAUGACAUUGAAGGCCAAGUGCACAAGAGCAAGUCCGGUGGCCAUGUUCGCGCAGACUUCACCCUUGAUCCCAAAGGCAAGUCGCGCGCCGACGACGACGCCAGCGUUGAGAGCAGUAGCGAAAGCGGCAGUGACUCGGAACGCGAUCGUCUAGAUGAUGAGAACGAGGAUGCGGAGGAACUGGGCGCUGGGAGUAAGAAGAAGCACGCCCCGAAACUCGACGCUUUCAACAUGCAACAAGAGGGCGAGGAAGGACGAUUCGACGAAGCGGGAAACUUCAUCCGCAAAGCAGCCGAUCCGGACUCUGUACAUGAUGCCUGGCUGGUGGGCUUGAACAAAAAGGAUAUGAAGAAGGCCAAAGCUGCUCAGGAAAAGCGUGACGAGGAGCGAAGGAAACAGACCGCUGCCGAUGACGCUCUGUUAACGUCUGAUCUCUACUCUACUCUCAUCACACACCUUCACAAGGGCGAAUCGAUCCUCGAAGCCCUACAACGACUCAACGCAGCCGCUCCGAAACAGAAGAAGUUGCCGAAGUGGAAGCAAAAGAAACUAGCCGCCAAAGCAGACGCCAUGGAUGUAGACGCCGACGGAGGUGCUCAGGAAGAUCCGGCCGAGAAGCGUCGUGUAGCUGCCGUUGAAGCCAUCACAGCUGCUGCAGACUCUAUAUUCAGUCGCAACAACCCUGAUAUCUACGACCAUGAGCGCGAACUUCUGCAACGACUAUACAAGCGCGAAACCGGCGAGGACUGGAUCGACCCUGUUGUAGACGCACCAGCGGACGAGAAUGCCAUGUUCGAGUUCCGCUGGGUAGAUGCCAGAGAUGGCGGUCAGACUCAUGGACCUUACGACAAGAACACCAUGCGCGCAUGGCGCGAAGCCGGAUACUUUGGUCAAGAGGCCGAGGUGGAGUUCAGGCAGGUUGGACUGGAUGGCUGGUCAAGAAGCGUCGACUUCGACUAG